GCUUCAGGUGCAAUGGUAAUGGAAUCAACGUACGAGAUUAACCAAAACGCAUACAUCAAGUUAAUCCUUCAUGCAUCUAAGCACAAAACUAACGCCGUUAACAGCAUUCUCAUCGGCCGUAUCUCCGGCGACGAUAACAACGCCGUCGAAAUAACGGAAUCCGUUCCGUUAUUCCAUUCACAAAUUGGCCUACUUCCUCCACUUGAAAUUGCCCUAAUUAUGAUAGAGGAGUAUUAUUGUGAUAAAGGUUUAAGCAUUGUUGGUUACUUUCAUGCCAAUGAGAGAUUUGAUGAUUCCGAGCUAGGAAAUGUUGCCAAGAAUAUUGCAGAUCACAUCUACCGAUAUUUCCCUCAAGCUGCUGUACUCCUGUUGGAUAACAAGAAGUUUGAAACUUUAUCAAAAGAGGGGAAAGACAGGAGUCCAGUAAUGCAGCUUUACACCAAGGAUGCAUCUAGGAGCUGGAAACUAGUGGGUUCAGAUGGAAGCAGUCGCUUGAAAAUUAAACAGCCAUCAGCAAAUGUGGUCCUUCUAGAUUACAUUUCAUCAGGGAAAUGGAAGGAUAUUAUAGAUUUCGAUGACCACCUUGAUGACAUUAGCAAGGACUGGGUGAACACAGAGCUCUUCAAUUGAAGUUUUUAUAUGGAACGGGCAAUUGGCCUGUUGUUGCCGUCUCUGAAGGAAAGGAUUCAUCACUUCAAAGUUUGCAAACACGAGAAAAAUUCACCAUUUCAGUUAUGGCAUUGUGAUCCUAUAGAAGGUUGCCUGGGGUUAUAUUCUCACCAAAAGCGACACAUUUGUCAAAAGUGCGCACAGUAGUACCUGUGCAUGAAACUACAUAUUAUUUGACCUUGGUGGUGACUGAUGAUGAGGUUUUACUAAUCUUCAGCUUCUUUUAUAAUCAGAAAUGAUUACGAUUUAGUUGUCGUUUUACUAUUUUAGUGUAACAAGGAAAAUAGUAAAUUCUCAAAGUGUUUAGCAGGUCAAAGUGAGAACAGAGAGAUGCUUCAGUUUUACUGUGUUUGGAAUUCUUCACGUUAUGCUCUUCUCAUAAUUACAGGCUUUGGAUUAUGCUUGUUAGUGAUAUUGGGAGAUUAUUCCAAAA